GCACACUGCUCUGAAGCUGAUGUAUGGUCGACCUGAAUGGAGCUGGAACGGCUUGAGUGAUUUGUGUGCCCCCAUCUUGCGAUGGCAAUUGCGCGGGCGCCGCUUAAUCAUGGGCAUUCCUUUGAACGCGACACGCAAGCAUCUUUCAGAUGCCAAAGGAGACACUCCACCUGCAAUUGGAUUGCAUUGCAGCACCCUCCUCAACAUGGACUAUGCAAAGUUUCAAGAGCUGG